AUGAACUCUCUCCAGCUCAUUCAACAUACAAGUCUACUUUUCCAGAUCCCCUGGCAAUGUUCCACGUUUUACAUGCAAAACCACGUGCUCCCGGGUAAAUCAUCAGAAGAAGCGGCCGGUGGUUUGAUGGCUCCAAGUAGUAGUAGAAGACCAAGUUCAGCUCAUGGACAAGGAGAAGAAGAAGGGUUGAGAAUGAGAACGAGUAGCAGUGGAGAGCAGACGAGGAACCGCCGUCACCGUCUCUCGAAUGAAAUGCGUUCAAUGACACUGGACGAUUCUCGAUGA